AUGAGUUGCAGCUAGACUGCGCAGUACUGACGGUCCUCAACACUUCUUCAAGAGCCGGAAACAAAACAAGUCUGUCAUGUGACUUCUGCUUGUGCCUCUUGCCUAGAAUGUAUCUGUUAGAAUUUGAGUAAAUCAAAUAAGGAUUCAAAGAAGUUGUCAAGCAGAGUGGAUAACACGAUAAAACAUUGGCCGCCAUGGCUGAUGAUUUGAAGAGAUACCUGUACAAACAGUUGCAAAGUGUUGAAGGUCUUCACGCUAUUGUAGUGACAGACCGUGAUGGUGUUCCGGUUAUCAAAGUUGCUAAUGACAAUGCUCCAGUCCACGCGCUGAGACCUGGCUUCCUGUCUACUUUUGCUCUGGCCACAGAUCAGGGCAGCAAGCUGGGCCUCUCCAAGAACAAGAGUAUUAUCUGUUACUACAACACCUACCAGAUUGUGCAGUUCAAUCGGUUACCACUGGUCAUCAGUUUCAUUGCCAGCAGCAGCGCCAACACAGGUCUCAUCAUGAGUCUGGAGAAGGAGCUGGCUCCUCUAAUAGAGGAGCUGAGGCAGGUGGUGGAGGUGACAUAAGCUUUAACAGACAGCAUGGCCCUGAGCAGGACCUCCAGCAGAAUCAGCCAUGUGGAUCACAUCCUGCUCGUCGAAUCUCUUUGUCUCUAAUAGUGUGUUCUGGUUUUUACACUUUCCAAGCCACGACUUGGAUGUGUUAAUAUCCGAUGACCUGUAAACAUCAUUGAACUUUGAUGAUUGAACUUUCGUGUACACGUUUUCUGUUCACUUUGCUUUCUGCUAUUUUUCUCUAAAAAUGAGGUGCUCCUCAUCAACGUUUUCACAGCUAAGACAGAGUUUAUAUGUCAAAUCAGAUGUCAUGGAAUCUGAAUAAAUGUUUCAUUUUUAGCACCUAGA